CUACACGGAGCACGCUGAAUGACUUUCAUUUUGACACCCAUCUCUCUGUGUUGAUUUAUGUUUUUUGCUUUACAACAUUAUCUAAUUUACCAGUUUUAUUAAAGCAUCGUUAGUUACCAAAUCAGACGUUUGCAGCUUUUUUUGGCAACGCCCCCAUCACUCCCCCCACCCACUUCCCCUUUUCCCCCCAUCGAUGAGUGCGUAAUGGUACCACUGAGUGUUUCUGAAGUCUAGCUGUCCGCGGAGUGCUGGGGAAGAGCUGGGAUUUAGUGUUUAUUAGGGGAAAGGAGCGGGCGCCUCAUCGCGACCGACGACGACGAUCAGAUCCUCCUGUCUCCUCGAAAGCCGAGAGGAAAGAGCGUAGUGGAAUCCAUCUUCACGGACAAACUGGUACCUUUGGGCAGAACUGGUCAUGCCAUUUGGCUGCUUAACUCUCGGGGAGAAAAAGGAUUACAACAAUCCCUCAGAGGUGACUGACAAGUAUGAUCUGGGACAGAUCGUUAGAUCGGAGGAAUUCUGUGAAAUUUUCCGAGCCAAAGACAGGAAUACGAUGAAAAUGUACACUUGUAAAAAAUUUAUGAAAAAGGAUGGAAGAAAAGUGCGGAAGGCUGCCAAGAAUGAGAUUUUUAUUUUAAAAAUGGUGAAGCAUCCUAAUAUUCUGCAGCUGGUGGAUGUCUUUGAGACCAGGAAAGAGUACUUCCUGUUUCUGGAACUGGCCACCGGCAGGGAGGUGUUUGACUGGAUCCUGGACCAAGGAUAUUACUCUGAGAAGGACACCAGCAAUGUCAUUCGACAAGUGAUGGAGGCAGUGGCCUACCUGCAUUCACUGCAUAUUGUUCAUAGAAACCUCAAGCUGGAGAAUUUGGUAUAUUACAAUCGUCUGAAGCACUCCAAAAUUGUUAUAAGUGAUUUCCACUUGGCCAAGCUGGAAAAUGGACUUAUUAAAGAACCCUGUGGUACACCAGAGUAUCUGGCUCCAGAGGUAGUUGGAAGACAAAGAUAUGGAAGACCAGUUGACUGCUGGGCUAUUGGUGUCAUAAUAUAUAUAUUACUGUCAGGAAAUCCCCCAUUCUAUGAUGAGUCCGAUGAUGAUGACUAUGAGAAUCACGACAAGAACCUCUUCCGGAAGAUCCUGUCUGGAGAUUAUGAGUUUGAUUCACCAUACUGGGAUGACAUUUCGGAUUCAGCGAAAGGGUUGGUGUCCUGCCUUAUGGAAGUGGACCAGGACCAGAGACUGACAGCUCAGGAAGCUAUCACCCAUGAAUGGAUUUCUGGAAAUGCAGCAUCAGACAAGAACAUUAAAGAUGGUGUCUGUGCACAGAUUGAAAAGAAUUUUGCCAAAGCCAAGUGGAAGAAAGCAGUGAGGGUCACAACCCUUAUGAAGAGACUCCGGGCUCCUGAACAGGCUGCUUCGGCGGCAGCCAACCCCACGGCAGAAGCCUUGACCACCCCGGCACCUCAAAGCGGCUCGCUUGCAUCGCCAGCUGUGGUCCCCGGCAGCACCCCUGACAGCACGGAACCUCCCACUACCAACAAAGACACAGAGAGCAAACCUGACAGCGUGGGUGUGAUAAGAGUCCCCGACUCUGCCCCUGAAGUGGGCAACUCAUCAUCACUGAGCAAUGGGGAGGCUCCAGCCCCAGAGCAGACGUCCUCAGAGGCCAGGGAUGAGCAGAAUGGUUAAACAUGCCCACUCUGCCCUCGCGUCCUGUAUAUUAGCUGGUGGCAUGGUGGCCAUGUAUCUGCUUACCUCCUCACCCGCAGCUUUCGUACAGUAUGGUCUUAUAAAGCCUGUGUUCUCUCUUGGUUUAUGGGAUGGCCUAUGUUUAUCUCUCCAGAGAGUUUAUGUGUACCUGCUUUUUCUGCAUUGUCCCUCUCUUGACGCUUGUUCCAGCCUUACUGAUGCCUUUCUUGUUGAAUAUGGAACAGCAGCCAGCAGAUGCUUGAACUAUCCUUGUUUCCACCAGAGGAGAUCUAGGCGGUCUGUCUUUUCUGUAAUUUACCCCUCAUACUUAGCAUCAUUAGUCCUCUUUAUUGUUAUGGCAAUUUAUGUAUUUCCCUGUAUAAAUGGGAAUAGUUUAUAUUAUCUGUUAAGGUCCCUGUUUUAUAUAUUUUUUAUUUUUUGCUUGACAGGUAAAAAAGCAUACCUGUAGUGCUCUUUUAGCUGUGUAGUACUCAGUGACUAACAAUUUCAUACAAUAAUGUAAAUAAAAGUGAUAGAUAUAGAAGCAAUCUAAUGCACCAUGUCCAUCCACUCAUUGUGCUAAGUUCAAGUUACAAAAAAGAAAUUGUGUCAAGCAGUCCAUCCCUUUAAUAAGGUAAAGGUAACAAGAUUCAGGGUAAUCUUGCCUUUUGUGGAAGAAAUGCAAGAUUGUAUCAAUGUUAAACUUCACUCUACUCUUCUAAAAGAAACAAAGAACUCCUUAAAUGUUUAAGUGCUGUAAAGGUAUAGCCAAACAGAAUGCAACCAAACAUUUAAUGUUAAUUUAGUAUUGUUUGCAAGCAAAAUUGUGUAUACUCACUACAAGCAAAUACCAUUGUCAUGUUUUAUAUUUGUUAAUGUUGUUGACUGAGUUUUCCUUUGAAAUGUGCAUUAUUAGAUUAGUACGCCAUAAUCGCAAGACCACAAGAUAUAUAUCUAUAGUAUAUCAAUAAAUAUUCAGCAAAGGAAGUCUCACAUUGUGUAUGAGAUCAUGUGCCCCUACUUCAUUUAAUAUAACAUGAACUGUGCAGUGUGUAUCUAGGUAAAUGAUGAAAAUCCCAGAAAUCUAUAUUCAAUAUAUAGAUGAAAUUGUUGGAAUAUAAACUGUGUCUGAUUGUUUUGAUUUUGCAAUUUGCACAACAUGUUAAUGCAUGUUAUUGUAUUGAGUUGGCAGGGACGAGAGCAUAAUAUCAUGGUAUGCAUCUCCAAACUUCAUGCACAUACUGUACAUCUUUUGGUCCAGGCAGUGCAGGUCUCCUUUGAACUCUUGUUUGAACUAAUCCCUUGGUUGUUCUUGCAAUGAAAGUUUUUUUUUUACUCUGGUUGCUAUGCACCAGAUUACUGCUCUGUGAAUACCAGUAUUAUAAGCUAAAGAUCCUAUGUUAAAAAUGUUUUUUUUAAUAACAAUGAACUUGCUGUACUACAUUAUCUUUAUUUAUUAAUUUAUGUAUUAUUGUUAAUUUAAUGUGAUUUGAUGUGUCUUAUCAUUUCCUUUUUAAUGAAUAAUAGAUGAGCAGAAUUCACUGUUGGGAAUGUCCCAGAUUAUACUGCUGUCAUACUGGUAUCAGUGGUAUUAUCAUAGCCAUGAUGCUGUGAUGCUACACUUUGUAAUCCCUAUACUGUAUAUAUAUAUGUGUGUGUGUGUGUGUAUAUAUAUAUAUAUAUAUAUGAGCAAAAGUCAAACUGCUAUAAUUACACUCAUUAUUUGCCCUUGAGAUGCUUUUAUCCUGACUGACUUACAUGGAUUACAGUUGUUUUCUUCAUAACCACAUAACCAUUUAUGCAGCUGUGCUCACGAUUGUGACAGCAGUAACCGUUCUUGGAUCUGACCUUGCUGUGUUUCCUUGCCACUGUAUCAUGGCCUCCUUUAACAAAAUGCUUGUUUCCACAUAGAUUCCAGAAAGCACUGGUGAUGGCACACGUUUCUGUGCUAUUUUCUAACAGCCAGCACACUUUCCAAAUAGUCAUCAGUUCCGGCAAUUAACUUCGCAAAUCUGUGACCAGAAAACCCCUUUCUUGUGUAAUUAUUUAACACAAAGGUGAUGUCAGUUUUCAGGGAGACAUAUAUGAACUUUUCUGUUUUUUCCAGUGUUACACUAAUACUAGAUAUUACUUCAAAACAGAUACCACUACAAUCACUAGUGAAAAUUUAGGCAUAUUACUAACAACAAACUUUGGCUUAUUUAUUUGUUCUAAAGAAAUGUGAUAUAUUGUGAGUAGAGUUAUAGUACUAGAUACUUUUUAUAUUGUAUCCAAACCAUAUGGUUUAUAUUAAAAAAUGAAAUUUUACUUAUGGAAAGAAAUAUUUAUCAUCUGAUCUUUAAUUGCUGAUAGCAGUAACAAUAUUCUAUAGUGAUGAGAGCUGCAGCAAUGACUGUACUUCACAGCUUUACAAAGCAAUGCCUUUUUGCAUACACAUUCUGUGGUACAAAUAAUUAAAUGUGUUAAUUUCUUCAUGCACUUACUGAUGGGUUUAUAAUUGUAUUUGUCUCUGCUCUGGGAAACCAGUAGUCUCGUGUCUACAUGUAAUUCUCGUAUUCUUUGAAAUUUGAUGUUAAUAAAACACAUAUGUGAAAAUUAA